GGGGGGCGGAAUAACAGUUGACGUUUCGGUCACAAACCCUUAUCAGUGCCUACCUUAAUACGGAACAUUUAAGACUUAAUUAAUCACCCCGUGCCCCUUAUACAUCUCAAAGUUCAUCCUACAAAGUCCCAUCACAAGGGAGAAACACACUGAAACGUCUGCACGCCGUAUUGACCUGAACACUCAAUUUCCCUGUGCAAGAAUAGGGGCUGAAUCGUACGGGUUGACAGCUAUGCAAUCAAUUAUCCUUCCACACACAAUAAUCAUUUGUCCUUCCACACACGACAAUCAAUGGUCCUUCCACACACGACAAUCAAUUAUCCUUCCACACACGACAAUCUUCGUGCUUAUCCAGCCUUAUCGUGCUUAGCCUCAGCAGCAUUGCGGCUGCUGUGCUGAUGGCCAUGAACCACGUGGAGUUGCACGCCGCAUUCAGUUGUAAACGCCUCUCGCAAUGUCUACAAAUAAUGCGGCCACUCCAAUCUACUACAUUAAUCAAGCCCCUCAUAAUAGUUGUCUACCACGAAUAGUUACGUUGUAAUCGCACAGUAUGUGCAUAUUUAAAUUAUAUGUUAAAUUAUUUUGCAAGGAACGGACGUGACGUAAUCUUCGCACAGCUGUGGGCCCUGUAUGGGUUUGAGUGCUCAGUGCGGGACCCCGUAGCGGUGUUGCUGUUGUUGUUAUUGAUUGAUUUAUUGUUGAUUUGUUGUUGUUGUUUUGCACGGAAGCGAUGGCCGAGUCGGGGUUCCGACGCGUGGCCGUGCUGUGCUGCGUGGCCGCCUGCUUCUCGCUGCUCGCAGUGAAGGUGUUCGUGCCCAUGGCGACGCGAGAGACUCCUCACUCCGGCCAGGGAGCUGCGCGUCAAUUUCCUAAGCAGACGCCACAGCGCCCGCUCGGCCCUCAGCCCGAGCGGCCCCGGAUGGGAGGGUCUCAUAUCCCCGAGGCACGCGCUCGUCACCAUGCAAACUCCCAGCCCGCCACCAGCAACCGCAGCAUCAUGGGGCAAGUCCUGCCCGUCUACUGCCUGGGCAUCUUCAUCUACGUCGUGUACAUCCUCUUCAAGAUUACUACGAGAAAAGAUGGUUCACAACCGAAGAAGCCGGUUAAGUGUUUGAGCGGCAGUGGUCUGAGUGAACACCAGCUCAUCCAGCUAAAGCAGCGUUUGGAGGACACGGAGAGAGCACUGGAGAAACUCGCCUCUAAAGUGGGGCCUUUCUCCGAUGGCAGAAGUGGCGGUGAGCAAGAAGAGCGACUGCUGUCUCAGUUACAGGAGAUCGCGCGCACACUUAGAGAAAGCACCGACUUCACCGGUGUGGAUACACCCGGGGGCGGCACGCACCCCCAACACGACUCGGCAGGGGGUGAAUGUCCAGGACACCAAGCUGCCGCAGAAGGUGAACACUCCCCAUCGGUGGAAGAAGCUGGUACUGCGGUCUGUGCCGAAGGCAGCGCAGAAACACCGACCGGUCACACACAGCUUGGAGAAACCAUGGGCCCUACCAGCAAAUCGGAUCGAUGUGAUGACAGCAACGAUGUGGAUGCGAAAGAUCACGAUGCAGGCUAUGAGCAGAGUCACGUGACAGCGCACUGCACUGGCGUUCGAGGCCCGUCUGAGAUGGAAGUGGAAAAUCUGUCACCCGAUGUCGCAGGACCCAGCGAGACUGACGAGGGCCGUGAUGGCAGUGAGGAAGAGUUCAAACAGCACGCAGACGAGCAAACGAGCGGAGUGAGGAAAAGGAUCGCGGCGAGCAUGGAGAAAAUGUAACGGACGGUGUUGUCGUGGUGGGCCUCAAAUAUAUUUCUGGCAAUACAUUUCAGUGUUAAUAAUUAUGUAUGGUGAAACCUCAUGUAUUCACACGACUAUUCACACAUCUAACUGCAGUUAACAGUUGUAUAGCACAGCAUGUUAUUUUUGUAUUUAAAACCAACAUAAAAAAAACCUGCAAGACACCCGUUCUAUUUAAUUUCCUCAUGUUUUUGUAAAAAUAUAAAUAUGGUCUAUAAAAUACUCAGUGCAGUUACUGAGGUAACAUCUCACCUGUAUAAGCAAUACUUCCAAAUUAUAUUACUCUCACUACUCUUGGCAAAUGGAUCCCUCAAUUAGUGGGAAUAGUUGAGGUUUCACUGUAUAUUGUUCUUCCAUUUGGCCCGAUUGUCUUCUUGUUGUCAAGGUACGAAGAGAAGUUGUGGUAUAUCAUGCAACCAUUUAGUAAUUGUCGUAUCCCAUUUUGUUGGGGGAGAACCCCGGAUGGCAUAAAACUACUUGCAGUCUCCCUUCAGUAGGCCGCUUAACAUAACCACAAAGUUUAUGUAAUUGGUUUUCUUUGUGUCCUGUCUAACGUUCACAUCCCGAAGAGCAGGGAUAAGCCAUAUCAAGUGCAACAUCUGAUUAAUUUGAUGAAGGCUUUAUUGUGCCCUUAUUGGUGAUGGGGUGAGACCAUCAAACUCUAUACACUUGAGAACCGAUAUUGCCUUGGUUAUCCAGCUACACCGUGGACCCAGGACGUUGAUGGUGCUGGCUGAAUACACAUUACCCCCUAAUCCACAAACACAACUGAUUCUCCUUCAACACGUUCCUUCGGAGUGGGCAGGUAGGAAAUUGGUUGGACAGCGCAUUCGUGCACGACAGACAAAUAAUCCCUGGUGGGCAGUGUGUAACCUGUUGUUCCUACCUGUAUAAGUGUAGUGUGUAGGUUAAACGUUGAGUUUUUUUAUAAGGGCACCACGUGGUGACAAGCCCCAGCCCCUCCCCACCCAGCCCCUCCCUCCCACCCCCACCCUCCCCUCCCCAUAUGCACGACAGACAGACAAAUAAUACAUGGUGGGCAGUGUGGAACCUGUUCCUACCUGUAUUAAGUUGGUUACUAUGAAAGCGAGGGUUCAGUUUUCAAAGUGUUCUAUCCUGCAUCAAACGAGAACCGUUUGUUAUAUUCGCCAAUGGUUUCAAAUGUUGGUGUAUGUAAAAAUUAAUUGUACAAAUUGGUUUUAUUUAUGUUUUGUAUUCAUGCGUAUUUGUAUUUUCAUCUGUUUAUUGCUAUUUAUAUGUCUGUAACACAUAAGCCAAUAAUGGUUAAACAUGCAUGCUACAAAUUGUCUGGUUUCUUUUGAACGUGGUUGUUCCGUAGUUUGUAGAGGUUUGUAAAAUCAUAUCAUAAAUACAAAUGAUUUAUGCAGAAUAAAACAAGACACCUACUUCCAGUAACAAAAAGCGUUGGUUUACAGUCUUUACAGCACAAAUGGAACUUAAUGCAGAACAGUCGCUCACACAACGGAGAAUGCGGAGGGCGCCUACAAUACAUCGCCAUAAUGCGCUCAUAUAUGACAGCGCAAGUCAAAACCACUGGAUACAUCAGCAAUCCAACUACAAUUGCAUUAAACAACACAUUUAUGCCAAGCAAUC